AUGAUCCUUACCAGACCAAGUUUUGAUACUGUAGCUAGGUUUAAUGAAUUGCCUAGUCUUUGGGAAGCUAUUGAAGCAAGAAAGAAACAAGUUACUGAGGAGACUUUUAAGACUUUAGGACAACUCUUCGUGGACUAUCAUAUUGAAAAUAUUUUUGGCCUUGCUCUUUUGCAUAACCAUUUUUUGCUUGAAGAAGGCGAGAUUUUACUUGGGACCGGUUCAUUAUCUGAUGAACAACAAAAAGUAAUUAGCCAACCAAUUAAAAGCGACAAAUUGACUUCUCCUGUUCAAGGAUCUAAUUGGAGAAUUACUCCGGAUAAUUUAUACGUACCUUAUGAAUUUAGACUUGAAGACGAUCAUAAGGUAAAUAGUUACCUUUUAUCAUAUUUUGAUUUCAACCUCAUACUUACCUUUCAUUCCAAUUCUUCAUUGCAUCCAUUAUACCUAAAGAAAAUAGACUUCUCCUCUUCUGAAAUUCAGUCGUUUCUUGAAGAAUUUUCAAGAAAGUUAAAUGAACUCGACUUAGCAAAUGUUUUUGCCAUAUGUGCUAUUGAUACCGAUAGUUUUCUUCCUGGAAUUGAAAAAACUGAAGAAAGAAAGAAUAUUACAGUUCCUCUUACUGAUUCGGAUAAACCUGAUGAUCAAUUUGAAGCAGUUUGGAAUUUUAAGCAUGGUCCUAAAAAACCAAUUGAACGAGGAUGUUCUAAUUAUUGCCAACCAUUUGAAAACGGCAAGCAUGGUAAAUUUCAUAGACGGACGAAAUAA